UAACGCCGCAGCAUCCCACACCCCGAUAUAACUUUCGUUGCAUGUAUUCAGCGCAAUAGUGAUACACCGCCAAUAUGCCAGAGGACGACAAGUACGACGUCCUGGAGAAGAUUGGACAUGGCUCCUUUGGAAUCAUCAGAAAAGUCAAGCGCAAGUCCGAUGGCUAUAUCCUCUGUCGCAAGGAGAUCAGCUACUGCAAGAUGUCGCAGAAGGAGCGCGAGCAGCUGCAGGCCGAGCUGUCCAUCCUCAAAGAACUCCGACACCCCAACAUCGUCGCCUACUUUGAGCGCGACCACAUCAAGGCGAGCCAGGACCUGCAUCUGUACAUGGAAUACUGCGGCAAUGGCGAUCUGGGGCGCGUCAUCCGCGACCUGAAGAACAAGAACCAGGUGUGCGAGGAGGAGUUUGUCUGGAGUAUCUUCAGCCAGAUCAUCAGCGCAUUGUACCGCUGCCACUACGGCGAGGAUCCGCCAGCUGCUGGCCGCAAUGUUAUGGGACUCGCUGCGAACGCGAAGCCCUCUCGAGACGCGCGCUCGAGGCCCAUGAUUCUUCAUCGCGACCUGAAACCUGAGAACAUCUUCCUCGGCGACGACAACUCGGUCAAGCUCGGUGACUUUGGUCUCUCCAAGAUCCUCCAAUCGCACGACUUCGCAUCCACCUAUGUCGGCACCCCCUUCUAUAUGUCGCCGGAGAUCUGCAAGGCGGAGCAGUACGGCCCUCACUCUGAUAUCUGGGCGUUGGGCUGCAUAAUAUACGAAAUGUGCGCGAAGACACCGCCGUUCAAUGCGAAGACACAUUUCGACCUCAUCCAGAAGAUCAAAACGGGUCGCUACCCAGACAUACCAGCAUGCUACUCCGCUGAGCUGCGUAAAGUCAUUGCCAGCUGUUUGCAGGUCACGCCAGACCAUCGACCAGAUACCGCCGCACUGCUGAACCUGCCGAUUGUCAAGCUGAUGCGCAAAGAGCAGGAAGUUGUCAAGCUGGGCCAGGACUUGAAGGAGCAGAGGAUGUUGGCAGCACGAAGAGAACAGGAAGCAAACAACACCAUCGAGCGCAUGCGCAAGGAGAUCGACGACCAGCUGCGACGAGAGUGGGAAGUCAAGGCCCGCCUGGAGAUCGAGCGCCAGGUCAAGUUUCAGACCGAGGAGCGCGUCCAGAAGGAGCUGGCUCACUUGCAAGCGGAGUUCGAAAAAGAGGUCCAGAAGCGCGUCAAGGAGGCCCUGAAGAAGCACCCGAAGCGUCCCAGCACAUCACCGAAGCUCGCCCCUCGAUCGAAUACUCCGGUUAUGCAGCCAGCAGAACAGGAGCUGCUUUUCCCUGCCGACACCGACGCAACCGUCGUGAGUGGCUCGACAAGUACGCUCGGCACCAACUCUGGAUUUGGCAGCGGGACAGAUAUCUCCGCCCUGUCGCUCGAGGAUUCCCCAGAACACCCAGAGCAUGUCACGAUCACAGCCAAACUCAAGCGACCCAACCGUGCUCCCCUCUCGCGUGCGCGCACUAUGUUUGCACCCAACGCUCCUGCAUCGCCUGUAGAUGUCCAGAUGGGUGAACCCUCCCCAGCACCAGCUUCGCUCGCUGGAUUGUCGCUCUCGCCGCGUAAGAUGGUCUCUCGCCAGAACAUUUUCGCUGCUGCUAAGGAUGGAGCCAAGAGGUGGGAGGCAGAGGUUCCUCCUUCGCCCACAGCAGAGGAGUGGAACGGCGACUUUGAUGACGAUGACGACCUCCCCGUUCUCCCAUCUCCAACACGCGCUCGCAGUGCUAACAGCAACCGCUCCGCAAACGAAGAUCCCUUCAAAGUCCUCGCCAACGCCGCGCGUCCCCUCGUCAAACCUCACCACCGCCUCGGCAGCACACCAAACCUCGCACCUACGAACAAGCCUCGGCCAGUCUCCGCGGUUCCCAUCAUCGCCACAUCACCAAGCAGACCAAAAUCGAAGUCCACCGAGGCGCUCUCUCCAUCGCCACGAAAGACGCACCUCCAACCCACCGCCGCAUCUGCAGCACGCUCUGAGCCUGCUGUGGGUCUCAAGUCGAAGAAGGGCAACGAAGCGAUCCGUAUCCAGGCCAUGCGCAAUAACGGUGGCGUGCAAGGCCGCACGUUGGUGGAGCUUCAGCAAGCCAGAGGCAUCCCCGUUCAGACUAUGAGUGAUGACGAGGGUAUCAAGAAGCGCGCGUUUGGGUACAGGAGUCCAAUGAAGCUGAGGAGUAAGGAGCCCGCUGUUUGGGAUCCCGAGACGGAGCCUGAGAUGCCCAGUCCAUUUAUCGUGAGGAGCAAGAGGAUAGUGAGAUGAAGCGGCCGCCAAGUAAUGACGAUUGACGAAGGGUAAUUCUUGGGUGUUUGGAUACCAUGGGUAGAGGAGACUGGUGGCUUUCUGGAUACAAUGGCUGGCCAGGGGAUGGAGCGAAAAAGCGCAGCUGGAUCGACCUCGGUCCUUCCGUCCUAUCCUUCCGUCUCUUCCGUUUGUUCUUCAUGUUCGAGGGCGUUCUUGACAGCAUUUUUGAAACUUCAUUUCAGCCAGCAUAUUAGCAUCUUUCGGCGACAUUUACGAUGGGCAGGCGUUCAGUUUGGCAUUCGGUUGGGCGGAUUUGCUUCGUUGGAGAGGCGUGUUAUUGCAGGCUAUCUCUUGUUCGAAAUGUUACCACGACUUAUACUCUAU